AUGAUUGUCGUCAACAUCAACGACCGGCUGGGAACGAAAGCGGCGAUUCCAUGCCUUGCGAGUGAUAGUGUGAAAGCGUUCAAAGCGAUUGUGGCGGCGAAUAUUGGACGGCAACCACAUGAGAUUAUGUUGAAGCGACAGGGGGAGAGGCCGUUUAAGGAUCAGUUGACAUUGGAGGAUUAUGGAGUCAGUCAUGGGGUGCAAUUGGACUUGGAGUUGGAUACCGGGGAUUGA